CGCGCUAGAUGACGUAAAGGAGUCGCGUUGGUUGGCUGGGAAGCAAGAUUUGAAAACGGCAGUGGCGCGCUGGGAGAAGGGAAGAGCCAUUGAAGUGUGUGAGGGAGAGAGAAGAGGAGCCUGUACCGCAGACAUCUGUGUGAGAGGACCGCAGCCUUGAAGAGCCCCGUCCGUCGUCUGUGCUCAUUGUUCCCUUCCCACGGACAGUCGGUAUGGUCGGAGGUAAAGUGGAAACAAUGAAGGCCCUAAAAGGAGCAGACUUUAUAAAGCUGACAUCAUCAACAGAGUCUGCUGUGAAACUGCAAACAGAACUUAAGUCUUGUCUGUCCGAUGUCUCAAGUGAUCCAUCAAAGCCAGAUCAGUUGUCAGAUCAACGUGUCGCGUGUGACCGUGUACUUCGUGCCUGUAAUCACUGGGCAGCAGAGAAAUCUUGCGAUGGUCAGCACUUAAAUAGUUUGAUGCCCUUGGCAGAGCUUGCGAGUCAGGGUUUCUAUGUCUCGGGUACCCAGCGUACACCUUUUUACCUGGAAAAGAUCCAAUUUCAUCUUCUGAAAAAUGUUUCUUCACGGGAAUGCUCUAAAUCUUGCAUUCAGAUGUCUGAUCUCCUUUAUUCCUACCUCACUCGAUGUCCUCCAGACCAGCAGAAUGAAGGAGACUAUUUGGCAGUGGCUAAGAGCAGCUUUCAGUGUUUAUGGAAAGCUGCUGGAGAACUGGAGCAAAAGCGAGGUCCAUCUCCUUACAACCGAAAACCUUUAUUCCUUCGACUUCAUGCACUUAGAUUUCUCAUGUUGUUGGAAAGGACCAGUUCACAUGCUGAAUCUCCUAUUACAACACCCCAGCUUACCAAGUCUGCUGCUUUAGCAUUUGAUUCUAAAGGAAUGGUUUGCAGUCAGAGUGAUGCUUGUUUUCUGAGUCAGGGUAUAGAGGAACUGUUGGUAAAACCUUUAAAAGAAUCUGGACCUUUGACCCACUCAUGGGCUAAAUGUCUGCUGGAAUUAACAUUGGAGAGGAUUCGUAUUCUCUGUAAGGGCAGCUGCUUUGACCAGAGCAAAGAGGUUAUCCAACAAGCAAUUGCAAGUUUGAAUGAAUCGGAUAGAUGCUGCCUCUCUGGAUUAAUGCUUUUAAAGUUCUCAGUUGAAAUCCAGGAAUCCAAGGAGCCAUGUGAGCUUGAAAAACGUUUAGUAGAAAUUGCAGAGGACAUUGGUGAAGCCUGUGGUUCUGGGCAAGGUUGGCAGUGUCAGGCUCUGUGCAAUUGCUGUCAGUUCACAGUUUCCUCUUUAGAUGGCCAUUUCAAACAUGUUGGACGUUCAGAAACGCAAGGCACAAACAGACUUCUCAGCCUGGGAAAGUUACUUGAUGUGCAUUUUAAACUUUUGGAUGAACAGGUGUCUAUGGUUCCUAAAGAUGGGUCUCGGCAGCUGAGAAUCUUAAAACAACAGCAAUUCUGUGGCCUUCAGCAGUUCACUAAUGUGGCAAACUCAUUCCUGCAAACCUGUAAGGACAUGACUGAUAAUGAAUUGCGCUCUAUUCUGGACGCUUGUAAAGACACUGUAUGCAAAAUGCUGGCCUCCAUCCAAGGGCUUUCUGGUCCAGAUGCAGCAGAAUUUUUGAACAUAACAGCAUCCUGUGUGCACAACUUGGCCUAUUUGUUUUAUAGCCAAAGGAAAUACAAAGAAGCCUCUGACCUGGUGUCUCCUGUUUGUGAAUAUCUUGCGAAAGUGAAUUCUGAGGGUGAACCUGAAUUGGCUGUGGAAAGGCUGCACCGUUGUUUCAAGCUGCAUGUAGAGAGUUGCAAGAAAGCUGGUUACACAGCUCUUGGCCUUGCAGCUGUGACUCUCUGGCUGCGAGCUUUGCGAGGUCAAAUCUUGCAGCAAAUGGCCGAGCCUGUUGCAGUCUGGGUCAAACUCAAAAUUGACGGUGCAAGGAAUGGAGAUGAAGAUCUAAGAUUGCACACGCUGAAGGAUGGAUUUUCGGAUCACCCAGUGGAUUCAGAGCUGAUGGUUUCUCUUCUUGCAGAGGAGCUUAAGGGCUACAAGUCUGUCCAUGGUGAUACAGGGCAGGAGCGUUACAAUACUAUAUGUGAUCUGCUGGACUUGUGUGCUGAGAACAGCCAACUACAUUGUCGUCGUGCUCUAUACCUGCUUGAGUUGGCCCAGGUUUUGUGUUACCAUGACUACUCGGGGCAGACUGAAUGUUCUGCUCUAGAUGCAGUUCAGGAUUGUCUUCGUCUUCUGGAGUCUAUCCCAGAAUCUACAGAAAACCGAGAACAGUGGCUGGAUGUAAAAGCCCAGGCACUCCUGUGGCAAUAUAUUUGCACUCUGGAAGCCAAUAUGCGAGAAGGUUUGGAGGAACAGCAAAGGAAAGAGAAGCUGAACAGCCAGAAAAAGUGGACUGGUGUAGAGUAUGAGCCCAAUGAUCUGAACUAUGAAGACAAACUUCUUGAUGACCAAUCUGCGAGAGAUGGCAUUUGUUUCACUUUGGCUGGGGAGACUGGGCCUAUGAAGGGUCUGGAUGAAGCUCUGAAUCUGUGGAAGGAUAUUCUCUUUGGACCUAGUGUUCCAUCUUUAAACAGUAAUGAACAGACCGUCUUCUCCUUGCAUCUACUGGCCUCUCUUUUCCGACUCAUGGGCAAGCCUUUGCAGGCCAUGCAAAGCUUCCAGCUAGUAAGACAUCUGUGCAGAUGUUUAGGGGAUUUUAUACGUGAGGCUGGAGCUCUCUGCCAGUUAACAAAACUUCUGUUUUACUUGGAGAGUGCUGAAUGUGCUCAGGUUACUCUUCAAGAGGCAGAAACCACUUUGCAGCAUGCAGACAGCACCAGUGAGACAUACGUGUUGGCUCAUUGCAGCUGUGAGCUUCUCCGCAGCCAACUUUACCGGAUCAAUAAUGAGGUUAAGAAUGGAGUAGGAGUUCUCUCAAGUCUUCUUCAGCACCCAUCUCUGCAAAAGUCCUCCAAAGCCUGGUACCUUUUAAAAGUCGAAGUCUUGCAGGAGCUCUCUGCAUAUCUCAGACUUCCACCAACAAUGUUGCUUCCAGAUCUUUACAAGAAGCUCUGUGCCCAGGGUUGGCAUAACCCAGAAACUGCUCAGACAGAAGCACACAAGUUGCUCAGGAGUAUUGUCCUUCUCCUAGUGGGAAAUGAUGUGCUGUCUCCUCCAAAGUCUACAACCGAAAUGCGAUUUGUGGAUUACGGUGAGAACCUUCUCCAGAAGUGGCAAGUACUUGCUGACCUGUUAAGCUGCUCUCAGGAUCUUAUCAACACUUUGAGCUUUCUUGGCAGUGUUUCCGAGGCAAAGUCCUUCUGCCUUGAAGGCCUGAGAUUAGCCAAAACUCUUCAUAGCAUGCGACAUUGUGCAGAUUUCCUGGUAAGAAAGGCAGAACUGGAGACUCUACGUGCGGAGCCCCAGCUGUGUGAGGAAGAUCUGCAAUAUGUAGUGUUUCUCAUGGAAUCUUGCACAGAUUUCACAGCUAAAGCUAAGCAAAAAGAGGUGAAGAUAAAAAUUUCCAAAGGAAAGAAAUCAAACAAAAAAGAAAAGACUCCAGAUUUCACUCCUAGCCCUCCAGCUGAAGAUUUUCUUAGUGGUGUUCAGUUUCAGUUUAUUCAAACAAGAGACUCUAUGAAGCCCCCUGAAUCCCCAACGAUUGUUGCUCCUUCUGAAAAGACUCUUCCAUAUUUUGUGUCUCAUGCCCUGGGAUGUACCUGUCCACUAUGUUCUGACCUGAUACUUGCUUUAAUCUGCACUCGAUGGCUGGUUGCUAAGGCCGAGAAUGAACACCAGUGCAAAGAUCUGCUGCGCUUGGCUCUCAAACGCAGUCAGUUUUUAACAAAGUACUUUUCUGGGAUCCUGAAGGAGAUUCUGAAUAUUAAAGAUUGUAAGUCUGUAAGCCUGGGGAUGAAUGAUGAGCUCAUUGCUCGAAUAUAUCAAUCAGUGGUUCAUAUGAGUCCUCCUCCUAAUCUUCCAGAAGGCAUUUUAGAAGAAGGCUUGGACUUUGUCUCUUCACGACCAGCCGCUUUUCCCAAACAAUGGAAGGCAAGCCUUUUACUGACCAAAGCUUUAGACUCUGUUUACAAGCUUGCCACGAAGCAUGGAGGCUGCAUUGCCGAUGUUUUUAUGCAGGUAUGGGGUUGGAAGCCUCACAUUAGGAAAAGUGUAUCUGACUUGAGCUCCAAGAGCAAGCAGAUCACUAAUGGUGCUAUUUCUAAUAAAAAGAAAGAAGCCCAGAAACUUUCAGUUGCAAGUUUCAAUGAUGUAUUUUCUCCGGGUGAAAGUGAACCUUGCCUUUCAUCUGUGUUUAUUAAGACUCCGACAAUAUUGCGGAAGGACCGCUUGACAACACAAACAAAACUAGUUGUACCAGAAGUUGGCAAAAAGAAAUCUGUGUCCGUGUAUAAUGAAGAGUCUCCCAAGCCAGAAGUGGAGCCAAGAGCACCUAGAAGACGUAAAGCUAGAACAGUAUUAAAAGUUGAUUUCAGUGACAGUGAUCUGGAAAUGCCAGAUAACACUGAUGAUGACCCGACUUGGACUAGCAAAAAGCAAACGGAGCAAGCCAAAACUGCAUCACGAAGAAGACCUUCUUCAAAGAGUUGUACAUUACCUGCAGCCUCAGAAUCUGAUGAUGAUGUGGUGACUGCAAAGAGCAGAUCUAGGAGAGGGAGAGGAAGCACAAAACAAGCCCAGAAAGAGAGCACCACUCCAGAAAUGCAGAGACGCCGUCCACAUGGCAAACUGGAUCUUGCACCAGUGGAAGUUCUUAGAUCGAUCACAGAAGAACCUGAAUGCAUUUUGGAUCUCAGCUUUGAUGAGCUACGAGCUUCUGAUGCAGAGGAACAGAAACCAUUAAGAGCAGGGGGUAGAGCACGAAAGUCCUCAAAGGAAAAAAUGGGAGAGUGUGAAAUUCUAAGAAGAGAUGCUGGAUUAGAGAUGCAGAGCUGGCUAUCUGUUACAAAAGAACGGGAAGCUGAUCCAAACAUAUUCAGCAUGAAAGGGAUUUCAUCCUCACUACCGGCUUUAUUCAGUGCUGCUGAUCUGGAACCUGUGUCAUGCCUUCUCAAAGAUGCAUUGGAGUCUAUAGCCCAUUUUCCUCCUGGCAUCUUGUAUGCAAAACUUUGUCGACUUCUUGCUCUCUGUUGUGGUGGACAAGACCCCUAUAUGACGGCCUUUCUCAUUAGUGAAUCUGUUUCCAUAACGCUGAGACACCAGUUGCUCAGUGACAUUCAUCGAAAACUGAGGAAACUGAAGAAAGAAGGCGUAGGAGAUGUAUCUGAUAAGCUACAAUCUUUGAGUCUCAGUGAUCACAAGGACCCCCGGAUUAAAUACCUUUCACAGCUAGAGGCUCUCUUUCAAUUUCCAAAGCAAUCUAUAGAAAUGCAUACAUUCAAGAAUCGGCUGCAGGAAAUUCCUGCAAACACUGUAGUGUGUUUAUUGACCCUGGCUGGCUCCCAUCAACAAAGCCCUGGUGAUACUCUACUACUCUGCAGACUUGAACAAGGAAAUGCGCCUGUUACUGUUCAUAUACCAACAGCCCAGUUAAAGUUGUCCCUUAGUUCGGCCCUGCAGGAGUUUGAUGACAUUCAGAAGCAGCAGAAAAUCAUUAACAAUUUAACAGAUAAAAAAGAAUGGUGGGAAGGACGCAGAGCUCUGGAUGGUCGCAUGAAGGCUUUAAUUCAGUCACUUGAAGAACAGGUCUUGGAUUGUUGGAAAGUCCUUUUGUUGCCUCCUUGUACAGCUUCUGCUCUGGAUGAAGAAGCCCAGGCACUUUUAAAGGCUCUUGCUGCCUGUGGUUGGAGAAGUGGCGAUGCAGGACUUGUGAAGGCAAUUUUGCAAGGCUGCCACCUCUUAACCGCCCAACAAAUCCAAUUUUUUGCUCAGGGGUUUAGUGCCUCUAGGCCAGAACAAGUCCAGGAGCUGCUUAAUAAAUCAAUUGAUAGACUUAAAUCUAAAAUAGGACAGACUGAGGGGCAUCUGAUUCUCAUAUUGGACAAGCACCUUCAGAAGCUUCCCUGGGAGUGUAUGCCCUGCUUGCUGACCAGAUCAGUCACUCGUCUUCCAUCUCUGCACUUCCUGCUCAACUACAACCUCCUUAAACAGCACCAGCCUCAGAGCAGCCUUGUUCGUGGUGUGGAGCCUAAGAAAACAUUUUAUGUCCUUAAUCCCCACUCAAAUCUACCAGGCACAGAGGAGCGAUUCAGGGAGUGGUUUAAUAAUGAACCUGGAUGGACAGGUGUUGUUCGAUCUUCUCCAAAGUCUGAAAUGCUCCAGACAGCACUAACGACACAAGAUCUCUAUAUUUAUGUGGGACAUGGAGCAGGUGCACAUUUCUUGGAUGCACAGACUCUGCAGCGGUUGGACUGUAAUGCAGUAGUGUUGCUGUUUGGAUGCAGUAGUGCCGCCUUGUCUGUCAGGGGAGAUCUGGAAGGUGCCGGUUUAGUCUUGAAAUAUUUAAUGGCUGGCUGCCCUAUGGUAGUUGGAAACUUAUGGGAUGUCACAGACCGAGAAAUUGACCGUUACACAGUGGCGUUCUUGCAGGAUUGGUUGAAGGCAGGGCCUGGUAGCCCACUUCUGAAGUACUUAUCAGAGUCACGCCAGGCUCCAAAGCUCAAGUAUAUCAUUGGUGCAGCUCCUGUGGCUUAUGGCUUACCUGUGGCCCUUCAGUGACUUUAACCCUAAUUCAGCACAUUGUACAGAAAAUUAUUUAUAAACGUUCCAAGGGCAAGCAACCUAAAUGCUGCUGCUAUAAAGCUGUGCAUCUGAAAAUAUUUUUCACAAAGUUGCAGAAUGUGUUGGUGCUUUUCUGAAAAAAAACGCAUACUCUAAUAUUUGAGCAUAAAAUCCUUUUGUUUGGUUGGAGGUAUCCAACCUGCAAUGGAAUCUAGUUGAAUAUUGUAUUGUAUCAGCAGUGCUGGCCUGGUGUGAUAAAGUAAUAUAUUUAACUUUUGAAGUUUUGUAUAACAUGUUUUUAAGACUUUCCUUUUUUUUUCCUCCUCUAAAGAAAAUGGGGAUUCAGUUUUUCUAUGCACAUUGCUCAGGUAAUUUUUUUUUUUUUUUUUUAAUAUCAUUGCUUUGUAUUAAAAAAAAAAAAUUGGUCACACAACUUUGACAAUAUUUCUGCUGCAUGUGUAUGUAAAUUAUUAACUUGGAUAAUAAAGAGUGUUUCUGUUUAUUUUU